AUGAAGUACCUGGGUCUCCAAGUGGACGACAAGAAAAAUGGAAAUUCGGAGUCCACUUCGACUACGUGGCCCUGCCCCGGUGUGGCACAGGGAGAUUGGGGUAGGCCGGGCGGCAGCCCCGUUGGCCUCGGUUCAGCGACUGGUGGGAGGCCGGGUCGUGCGGGCCUAUCGAACCGCGGCUCUCGAAUCCGUUCGAGUGUUCGCGCGGAUCUCCCUAGUCGACUUGUUGGCGAGUGCGUACGCCGAGGUGUACAAGCGGCGCUGGAGAAGGCGCGUGAAGCUGGCCGGGAUCUGAAUCCGGAGGAAGUUCGGCAGGCCCGGUCAAGGGCCCACGAACAAAUGGUGCUGCGGUGGCAGCACCGUUUAGAGAACCCAUUUCUCCCGAGACAGAGGGUUCGGGAAGCAGUGGGGCCGGUCCUGGUAGACUGGGUGGAGCGCUCGUACCUCUGGAUAACGUUCCGAUCUACCCAGAUGGUUACGGGCCUCGGAGUGUUCGGUACAUUCCUGCACCGAAUAGGCAGGGUGGGCACCCCGGAGUGUGAGCACUGCGGAGUUGCGGUCGACACUGCGGCUCACACUCUCGAAGAGUGCACCACGUGGAGUGAGGAGAGAGCGGCCUUGCACGAGGCUUUCGGCCCUGACGUGUCCCUCCCGUCUGUCUUCCGACAGGCGGUCGGGGACCUCGAGAGGUGGCGCACCUUCCUCACUUUCUGCGAGAAGGUGCUGCGCGUUAAGGAAGACGUGGAGCGCCUGCGUCAAGGUCAGUUUCUGGUCCGGAUAAGGGCUGGGGACCAAGUUCCUUAG